AAAUCAAGAAAAGGAAAAGAAGUUGUGUUCGAGUAUUUAAGUAGCGGAGUUUCUCUUGUGGGUGUUUGUGAACAAUCCUACAGAGGCUGUUCUGUUCUCUCUUUUGAGUGUGAGUGAAUCUUGGGAAGGAUGAGUUAUUUGGGUGUUGGAGUUAGUCCCGGGAAUGUUCCAGUGUAUCAUGGCACAAAUGUGAAGCUUAUUGAUAAGAGGGUGCGGGUGGCAGAGUUGGUUCUCAGGUGUUUGAUUUGCGGUCUGGGAGUUCUUGCUGCUGUUCUUGUGGCGACGGAUUCCCAGGUCAAAGAAAUCUUCUCAAUUCGGAAGAAAGCUAGAUUUACAGACAUGAAAGCUCUUGUGUUUUUGGUGGUAGCCAAUGGUAUAGCUGCUGCCUAUUCGUUCGUUCAAGUGCUGAGAUGUGUUGUGAGCAUGGUUAGAGGCAAUGUGCUGUUCAGCAAGCCCUUGGCUUGGGCCAUCUUCUCUGGUGAUCAGGUAAUGGCGUACAUGACCGUGGCUGCAGUCGCGGCUUCGGCACAAUCGGCGGCGAUUUCGAAGUUGGGACUGCCAGAACUGCAGUGGAUGAAGGUAUGCAAUAUGUAUGGGAAGUUUUGUAACCAAGUUGGAGAAGGGGUAGCGAGUGCAGUAGUAGUUAGCCUUAGCAUGGUGGCCUUGUCUUGCAUCUCUGCUUUCAGUCUCUUCCGCUUGUAUGGAGGUGGGAACAAUGGCAAGAGCAGCGCUAGGUGGUAGGUUUUGAAAACCCAAUGAUGUAAGUAAGUAAAUUGACCUGCCUAUCACUCUUUUGGAUCUUGUCCAAUAUGGUUUUGUAACUUGGAGGCCUUUGGGACUCUCCUCCAAUACAUGCAGCAAUAAGUUUAGGCUGUGGAUUUCCAUAAAACUUGCUUGUGUUUUGGACCUUUGGUUCAUUCAAACCCCAAAUAUGUAAGUGAAUAUGUAUGUGUUAGUGUACUGAAUUGGGCAAUGGCCAAUCAAAGAAUAAAUUCAAGUUUAGCAUUUA